AUGUCUGCAUCACGGAAACGACCUUCUAAUUAUGACGACCGAGAAGGGCCCUGGGACGAUACCCAUGGCCCAGACGAGGAGACGAAUAGUCAAGGAAGUUCCCAGCAACAAGAACAGGAGAAUACUGAAGCUCCUGCGAAACAUAUGACACAGACUACAGCGGCAGAAUCAGCAUCUACUUCCAAAACCACAGCUCCUUCUCGACGCCCUAAGAAGCCGCGAAGAGGGAAGCAUAGCCCAGAACCAAACUAUUCUCAAUUGGUGCAGGGUCAAAUGUCUUCUACUAAUCGCACUGGCCAGGCCUGCGAUCGAUGCAAGGGACGAAAAAUGAAGUGUGAUUCAAAUUCUACUGGCUGUGCAAAUUGCGUUGCUGGCAAUCUACCAUGCACCCAGACAGACCCCAUAACUCGCGUGUCAUAUACUCGUGGAGAGCUCGAACGCCUAAGAGCCGAUAACCAAAGGCUUAAUUCUGAGAACGGAUCGUUACGUGCGGAAAUUGCCGACUUACGAAACUAUAUUAGCAGUGGGAUCGGUCCACAAGCAUCUGGGCUGGCGAUGGGAGCAUCACAACCAUAUACACCGUAUGACGCUUUCCAAGCUCAGGCCCAGGCCCAGGCUCACGCCAUCCACCAAGCGGCUCAUCAGCCAGGGCAAGGAUUUCCUAUUAUAUACCCACCAAGCAGACGCGCUGCAGGACUGAUACCAUCAAUGCAAGAUGCUUCACAAUUUGGAGUUGUAGCUCCCCCUUCCCCGUUUCCUACAUAUCAUACGCCGGUGGCUUCAAACCCCUAUACUGGACGAGACCACCCCGUGCCGACGCAUAUUCAACAAGUGGGCCAAAGUCCCUACCGACAUGGAGCUCAGCAGCAGCAGCAACAGGGAGCUCAGCAGGGCCUUAGCCAAGGUCAGGUACGCGGCCAAGAAGAAUCACAUCAACAAACGAGGAUUCAAAAACGAGAUAACGACCCUUCUCAGGAUCCUCCUGACAGCUAUAACUACUUCUCCGGUAUGUGA